GAUUGCGAGACAUUUUUGGGACACCCUGUAUAUAUAGUCCUAUAUACCUAUUAUUUCUUCUGUUACAGUAGUAUGAAUGUACAUGUGUGUUGACGUAUAAAUGUUGACUUUACAGUAACAUAAUUCGGUCUUCUUACGUUCAACGAUACUUAAUGAUCAAAAUUAGACCUGUAUACGCGCGGCCGUUUUAUUACCGAGCAUAUACAAUGCGGAAAAGAAACGAAAUAGCAUCGCAGUACCUUCGGUUUACAAUACAUUACAACGUUACGAAGGAAACGAUAAUGCACUCGCUUGAAAAAGAGAUUUUGUACGGCCACCUUGCCGUAACAAUUUACGACAAACAUUCCGCGUGAUUUUACUUGUAUUAUUAUAAUGACCAUAGAACGAUUUUUAAGAAACAUUCAGUCUUCAUCCUUUUCCCUCAUACAGGAUGACCAGCUUAUAUCUAUAAAUGUAUCUCGGAAAUUGCGUUCGACUUAAAAAAAACUCAGUUUUAAAUAAUUCAGAGAAAGUUUCGAGGAUUUCUAAAACGUGUAACUGUACAAACAAGCAAAACUGGCUUUGAUCCUGUUACUUAAGGUAAAAUAUUUGUACAGCAUCGUAUAGUACUCAUCACGAGGGACAAAAGUAUCGUAGACACUCAAAAAAUGGCGUUGAAGUUUUGAUGAUUCUUACAUUCAUUAUACUUGGCAUGCUAUUAUAUUUUAAAAUGGACCAUUAAUAUAAACAACGUGUUAUUAAUAAAGUGAAAAAUUAAAAGUUAAAAAUAGUAGAAAAGUGUUAAAAAAUAUUGUACAAUUUUAGAAACCGUUGUCUUGUAGUAUCAACGGUCACCAUGGUGGCUAGGACACUAUUUACUUCAGUAAUUCUAAACACAAUGUGACAUUAAAAUCACGCUAAGAAUUAAGUGGAAUUUUCACACCAUUUUUUAUAAGAUUGGAACACAUAUCAAUUUCCUUCAAUUUUUCGAUGGAAACGCUGGAUACGAAAAAUUAAGAACACUCGAAAAUUCGACAAAAAAGGCAGACAUCGUUACCCGAAAUGUUAAAUAUGUUUAUUUUCUGAAAGUAACUUGUGAAGUAGUAAGAAGCUCACCAAAGUCUGUUGUAAUAAGCAACUUGUAUCCUGUAUGUGUACAAUGAAAUUUGACGUUUGUUAAUAUUGCGAACCAUAGAGAAUAAUAUUCAAAAGAAAAAUAUUCACAUUGUUUUAUCGUUCUGCGGUGAAUUUCUGUUGCGAAACGGCUGGCGUGCUGUUUGUAGUAGAUGAAAGUAAAUAUCGAGAAAAGUCCGGUUUCCAUCAAAGGCACUUUGAUCGACGUGCCUGGUGAAGCACAUACUAAUACACCAAACAAAGCGUGCUUCUCAAAGCGGCACCAGUAGAAUAGUAGAUUAGUUAGCACUUAAUAAUCUGCUAAUUCACUAAGGACACUCGUUGAGAGCUCGGCAUUCUGAAGGAAACGUCGAACAGCCAUGGGAAAACAAAACAGCAAACUAAAACCAGAAGUCUUAGAAGAUCUUAAACAGAAUACCGAAUUUACGGAUGCGGAGAUUCAAGAAUGGUACAAAGGUUUUUUAAAGGACUGUCCGAGUGGUCACCUUAGCGUAGAAGAAUUUAAGAAGAUAUACGGAAAUUUCUUCCCUUACGGUGAUGCUUCAAAGUUUGCAGAACAUGUAUUCAGAACAUUCGACGCGAACGGCGAUGGAACGAUUGACUUCCGAGAGUUUUUGUGCGCUUUGAGCGUUACAUCUCACGGUAAAUUGGAACAGAAGCUGAAGUGGGCCUUCAGCAUGUAUGAUCUUGACGGUAAUGGCUACAUUUCGCGGCAAGAAAUGAUGGAAAUCGUAACAGCAAUCUACAAAAUGGUAGGAUCCGUGAUGAAAAUGCCAGAAGACGAGUCUACACCUGAAAAAAGAACCGAUAAGAUAUUCUUACAAAUGGACAAAAAUAAGGAUGGAAUAUUAUCGCUUGAUGAAUUUAUAGAGGGUGCAAAGAAUGACCCGUCUAUUGUGCGACUGUUGCAGUGCGAUCCGAGUGCACAAGCUCAGUGAAGCCUUGGGCCGUUACGCAAGUAUUACCGUAUCAUCUACAUACGAGAAUCGGGAACCGGUCUGAUAGUACCCCAUGUAAAAAGCAUUACGAUCAUAAGGAAUAUGUAUGACGAUUUUGUUAGAAGAUCUACGAAUCAUAACGUUCGCUGUUAAUUGGUUUCUAUUAACGAACUUUCGCGCGUAAACUUGUUUCUUCAUUUUGGUAUAGUCACGACGUUUUAUCCGGAUGAUUAUUUGAAUUGACGAAAACUAGAGAGUAAGCGAGAUACAUGUUUCUUUAUGAACGUAAAUGUUCUAUAAAAACGUAGGUGAUAAGGAAAAGUGGUAUUUUGACAUUGGACCGGUUCCCGGAAAGGUCCAGGGUCACUGGGCCCAUGGCGCUUGCGCAUACCGCAAGCUAGUCUGUAAGACUAGUCCAGUCGCUCCGUCUUAUAAACGGAUCGGUUUUAAAGAAAAAAGCUUGUUACGUUUUUGGAUAUAUUGAUCUUCGUGUGCUGCGUACGACGAAGGACCCGCAGAGCGAUCCGCGCUCUGUGAUUUCAGAAAGAAUAUUUCGACUCAUAGCUACAACCGAGAAUCUGCUUCAUCCAACGUUGCAACCUUGAUACUGUUGAUAAAUUUAAUGUCUGUAGCAGUGUUCCCAGUCUAUUUGUUCGGUUAAAUGUAAUAAUUAGCGAGAUGUUAUACAGAAGAUGUACUACAUACUUGUACUGUUUGUCAUUUCACAAAAUAUCUUGAAUAUAGAAAUUUCAUUUUUCAUACAA